AUGUCAUCUGAAUCCAUUGCCAAGGCAGCAAACAGUGCCUUCUCAACAUUAAAGACCCUUUCAAAUACUCAAAGAUCACAAGCAUUACAAGCUAUUCAUGAUGGACUUCAAGCUCGUAAAGCAGAAAUCCUUAGUGCCAAUAAAAUAGAUAUGGAAAAUGCAGUUAGACAUAAUUUGUCUUCUUCACUUAUCAAACGUCUUGAUCUUUCCAAUUCAGGAAAAUUUGAUGCUAUGUUACAAGGUAUUCUAGAUGUUGCUAAUUUAGCUGAUCCAAUGGGGAAAAUUACUUUAGCUAGAAAAUUAGAUGAUGGUUUAAAUUUAUAUAGAGUCACUGCUCCAAUUGGUGUUUUAUUAAUUAUUUUUGAAUCUCGUCCAGAAGUGAUUGCUAAUAUUACCGCUUUAGCUAUUAAAUCGGGUAAUUCUGCUAUUUUGAAAGGUGGUAAAGAGUCUUAUUCAACUUUUAAGAUUAUGAGUGAUAUUGUUAAUGAUACUUUACAAAAAGAAACAGAUGUUCCAAAAGAUGCAAUUCAAUUAAUUCAAAGUAGAGAAGAUGUAGCAGAUUUAUUAAAUCAAGAUAAAUAUAUUGACUUGGUUAUUCCAAGAGGAUCCAAUGAAUUAGUUAGAUCCAUUAAAUCAAAUACAAAAAUUCCAGUAUUGGGCCAUGCUGAUGGGAUUUGUUCAAUCUACGUUGAUUCCAAAUUUGAUUUAGAAAAAGCUAAAAAGAUUGUAAUUGAUUCAAAAACAAAUUAUCCUGCUGGAUGUAAUGCUGUUGAACAAUUGUUACUUAAUGCAUCAAUCCCACAUCAACAAAUCAAUGAACUUUUACAAAGUUUGAUUGAUGCUAAAGUCACGAUUCAUGUCACUCCAGAAGUUAAAGCUAUCUUAUCUACAAGCAAUACCGAUUUCGUAAAGGACACCGUUGAAGAUUCCUUUGAUAAAGAAUAUCUUUCCUUCGAUAUCUCCGUUAAAUUAGUUUCAGAUGUCAAUGAAGCAAUCAAACAUAUUAAUGAACAUUCAUCCAAACACACUGAUUGUAUCAUUACUGAAGAUAAAGCAACAGCUGAAAAAUUCUUACAAAGUAUUGAUUCUUCAGGUAUUUAUUGGAAUGCAAGUACAAGAUUUGCAGAUGGGUUCAGAUAUGGGUUUGGAACCGAAGUUGGUAUCAGUACAAACAAAAUCCACGCCAGAGGUCCUGUUGGAUUAGAAGGAUUGAUGAGUUAUCAAUAUCAAUUGAAAGGGGACGGACAUGUGGUUGGAGAAUACGUUGGUGGUGGAGGUAACAAAAUGUUUGUUCAUGAAGAUAUUCUUUAA